CUGACAGAAAGUGGCAACUUAAAUGUAGACGGUUAUGAGUUAAUGCUUUCUGUAUUUACAUUUAAGUUUGUUUCUAGUUAAGGUAUUUUAGUACUGUAAUUAUGAAUUUCUCAAGCUUUUUCCAAAACACAUCCCUCGUGAGCGAUGAGGCUUCAAAGAAACAUGUAAAAACAUUUGAAUUACCCGACAAAUGCUUCCAAAAACGUAUUGGUUGUGUUUGGAGACGCGGAAACCAGUUCACUGUAUACCCAAGAAGCCAAAUUGUUAACAAAACAACAGACGAAUCUAGAAAUAAAACAGAUGAUAAAAUUCUGAAUAUUCGUCAAGAAGUCGUGCUCUUUACCCCGAUCUUACGCAAGCUUGUAAACGAAGCCAAUGGAACGUACCUGUCUGUUCAGAAAAUAUCUGAAACGUCCAAAACAACAGAUAACCAAGUAGACUUUCUCAAGCUUUCGCGCCAAUACCGGUCUAUUAUACGCGUCUGUAUCGAAAGUUUGCAAGAGGCGGCCAACAGAGAGAAAGAGGGCAUCAACAAGAAUACAUAUCUAUCAUACCUAACAAUAUUCUACUCUAUAGAAUGUAUUUGGCACCUGUGUGAGAUUUUGUAUAUUGAUAUAAUUCCUGGUGAAGUUGUAUUGCCUUUUCUGUUAGAAUGGGUGCGUUUCCAUUUUCCUUGCACUGAGCAGACGGCUGCACUGCUGUUGGAGUCCUGUGAGGUCGGUUCAGAAGACCAUAAGGAUUAUUGGGAUACAGUUAUUGUGAUGAUUGUCCAAGGCAGGGUUGAUGUGGCGAGAGCACUGCUAAAAUUACAUUCGGCCGCUGAUUCUAAUGAAUUUAAGCUUAUUGACAAUUCAUUAAGGAGUAUGCCCGUUUAUAGUGUCUACGGUGGAAUAUCAACCGGUGAGUUCACAAUAUCAUGGAAGCAUUGGCAGGCGGAGUGUAGAUCUAAGUUGAACAGCAAACUGCUGCAAGAUCCUCAGCUGGAGCUGGUUAUGAGACUGAUGUGCGGUGAGAGGUCGGCCUUCGAGUGUGUGUCCGUGAAGUUCAGCUCGUGGUUCGACCUGGUCGGAGGCUGGGUGUUGUGGACCGCUCCGUGGACUCGCCGCGGGGAACUAAGCGCGGCGGCGGCUGCGUGUGCCGCCUUCACACACACCCGGGGACCCCUGGAACAGAUCGUACGAGCCUUACUCGACGGUGACCUCCAUCAGGUGAUCCGUGAGGUCCAGCAGAUAUCGGACAACAACUGGUUCGCCGCGCACCUCACGGACAUGUUGCACCACUGCGGCAAGCUGCGGAUACUAGACAUACACCAGGCCGAUGUGACGUCACGGCUGCGAGACAGCUUGAUUCUGGAGUAUGGCUCGCUGCUCAUGGAACAUAAGUCCUUAUGGUCAGUGGGCUUGUCGUAUCUAUGCGGGACCCCCGAGGGUGUGAGGAGGGCUGAGCUCAUGCUGGAGAGGAUGCCCGUGCAGACGGAGGCCAAAGCAAUGAGAAUCACCGCCGAGGCCAAGAAGUAUGGGCUGCUGGGAGUCGUUCAGUCAGUAAGUGCGUGUAUGAGCACACGGCACCUGUCAGGCGGGGCUGAACGGACGGGUGGAGCCCUAGCGUGGGGGGCGAGGGCUCGCAGUGGGCCGCAGUGCUCCCGGGCGGCACACGCAGCUCUCCGCGCACACUGCGCUGGUAGGCCACUGCCAGCUGCUGACCUACUCCUCACUGCUGGACCUGCCCUGCUCGUAGACGACACACUGCUGCUCCUUGGCAAGUACUGUGAUUUCCACAGACUAUACAAAAGCAGAGAAUUCAAAAAAGCGGCAAAAUUGCUCGUAUCCCUCAUCACCUCAAAUAUAGCACCAGAAUAUUUCUGGUCUACCCUCCUCCUGGACACACUCCCGCUCCUAGAGACAGAGGAGCCGGUGAUAUCAUCAGAAGACACGUAUGAUAUAAUGUUGUGUCUGGAGUUACGUUCCACCUGCCUCAGUAAAGAGAAAGCGGACUUAUUGAGACUGGCCCUGGCACGGAACCUGGCAAGGACGGUCCUCGUUGAUGUCGGAGAUGAAUAGACUUGUAAAUACCUCACUUGAUUUUUAUUAUUUACCCUUUGAUACAUGUGAUUAGGAUGCUAGAAUAAUCAAGUAUUGCUCGAUUUGAUAUAAAUUAAUUUAUUUCAUUUAAAUGUAUUGAGUGUAACAUGUUGAAUGUCUUGUCACUGAACACAAUCCUUCCGUCAGUCAUUUGUUUUGAUAACAGAUUUUAUACAGGCGUUUGUGCCCAGAACAGUAACACAAUGAAACUGAGUAAUGUAAGUUUAGGAUGUUGGAAAGAAUUUUUUUGGAAGAAAAGAAGAACUGUAAAAUUGCUUAUCUUAUGUUUAUUCAGUACAAUGUGAACAAAAUGAGUUUUUGAAUCUUGCUUGUGGAGCCGAGUCCAAUGUAACUUGAACUGCCAAAUUGUAAUAUUGAUCAAAACUAUUUUUAGGUUUAAGCCCUUCUUAAUAAAAUUUUUUGUAAGUG